UUCAUUUAGAAGGAGGAGGAGUAGUAGUAGCUGUAGUACUUUCGGAGUUGGAGCAGUCUUAUUUUAUACAGUUAGAGGAGACAGUGACCUAUGUAGAGCUGUCUUUCUCGAACCAGAUUUCGAACCUUUGGCGUAGAGAAGGGGAGAGGGAGACCGUAGAGUUGUUACUGAUUGAUUAUAAGGACGAGGGCAAACAUGGUGGCUGGUAAAGUGAAAUCGGCAAUGGGAUUGCAGAAAUCGCAGGGCAGCACGAAGCUGAAGACUGAGGUGUCCUCCAAACCGCCAUUGUUAUCGACGCCGAGUUCGGCAAAGCAGCAACAGCAGGUGCAGAAGGGGUCAGGGGCGCCGCUGUCCCGAUCGUUCGGCGUUUACUUCCCACGUGCCUCCGCUCAAGUCCAGCCGCGGCCGCCGGACGUUUCGGAACUCCUCCGUCUGGUGGAAGAGUUGCGGGAGAGUGAGUCGCGAUUGAAAACGGAAUUAUUGGAGCAGAAGCUGCUCCGGGAGUCGGUCGCGAUUGUUCCCGUUCUGGAGAACGUGAUUUCGAACAAGGACGCGGAAAUCGAACGGUCUCGGAAGAAGAUCGAGUGCUUGGAUUCGGAGAACGAGAGGCUCAGAGAGGAGAACGAGUUUCUGCACAUGGAGCUGAGUAAACAGAAUCAUAAGUAUGAAGAGAAAAUCAAACAGAUGCAGGCUGAGUUAUCCGACAUUAAACGAGCUGUGGAAGAGAGCGAACGAGAGAACGAGGAGGAAGAAGAGGAAGACGAAGAGGCAGCCUCGAAUGCUUCCGCCAUUGCUGCGAAGCUCAACGACAAACAUAGCGUUACUGUUGCAUCAAAGUGUUCGACGAAAUGCGUGACCACUGUUGAUGGGGCGGGGGCCGGCGUAGACUUGAAGAAAGACGAGCUUAUAAGUGCAGGGGACGCCGGCGACGGGACGAGCCAUUCCAGGAGUAAUUCCGGCGAGAUUUUAGAAACUUCCGAUGUGUUGACCGGCAUUAGAUCCCGUAUUCCGCGCGUUCCUAAGCCGCCUCCGAGGCCUAUCUCUGCACCUUCUUUAAGCGGUUCUGCGUCUCACGCGCCGGCGGAUAUUCUCGCCGUUCCCGCACCGCCACCGCCACCGCCACCUCCACCGCCGUUUAAAUCAAGCAGUUCUCCUCGCACUCUUCCACUGUCACGGCGUGGGUCAAGUACAGCUCCAUGUCCGCCGCCGCCGCCACCUCAGAAGGGAUGUAAGCCUAUUCCGGCGAAGGUUACUAGAGUCCCGGAGGUGGUUGAGUUUUAUCACUCCUUGAUGAAGAGAGACAUAAAUGGCCGACGCGACGCCUCCGGCGGGGGCGCGGACGCACAGGGCGGCGGUGCUGCAACUGCGAAGGACAUGAUAGGCGAAAUUGAGAAUCGCUCUGCACAUUUGCUAGCUAUCAAGACAGAUGUAGAGACCCAAGGCGAUUUCAUCAAAUUCCUGAUCAAAGAAGUCGAGGCUGCCGCCUUCACAGAUAUUGAGGAUGUCGUUCCCUUUGUCAAAUGGCUCGAUGAUGAACUCUCUUACCUGGUUGAUGAGAGGGCAGUUUUGAAACACUUCGAUUGGCCGGAGAAGAAGGCAGAUGCAUUGAGAGAAGCUGCAUUUGAGUAUUGCGAUCUAAAGAAGCUGGAAACUGAAGUCUCUUCAUUCCGGGACGAUCCCCGACAGCCUUGUGGUCAUGCUCUCAAGAAGAUGCAGUCUUUGUAUGAAAAAUUAGAGCAUGGUGUUCACAAUUUGUCCAGAAUGAGAGAAUCAGCUGCAGAGAGAUACAGAGGGUUUAAGAUCCCAAUUAAUUGGAUGCUCGAUACUGGUUAUAUCAGUCAGAUUAAGCUGGCGUCGGUGAAAUUGGCGAUGAAGUACAUGAAGAGAGUGUCGGCCGAACUCGAACUCGCCGCCGGUGGCCCUGAAGAGGAGGAGCUUAUAGUUCAUGGCGUCAAGUUUGCAUUCAGAGUACAUCAGUUUGCUGGAGGAUUCGACGUCGAAACGAUGAGGGCAUUUCAAGAACUGAGAGAUAAAUCAAGAGCAUUCAAUCCGCAGCAUCAACACAAGAUUGUUUGCAGAUCGUCUUCUUGCUGUUGAUAAAAUUCGAUCUUGUAGCAAACUCCGCUGCCUUUUUGUAGUAAAACAGGAUUGAAGAUAUGAUGGAAUUUCAAAUGACGACACCAUUCCUUUUGUGCUCGAAUUUAUAGAUAUAUCUCUAUAUAUAGUGUGGGUUUGAAAAGAUUGCUGAUUUUCCGACCAUAGAUUGUAACCUGGCCAAAGUUUUUCUUGGACAGUAGUGGAUAUUUAAUUUGUGUAUAAUUUGGGGAAGAAAUUAAAGAUAAAAUCAGUACUGCUCUUUGUUUUUUUA